AUGUCUCGCUUUAAUGAAACUAAAGAUUUCGGGGAUGCAGCCUCGUUCCUACGUCUCACCAAUUUGGAGGCUUUGGCCGCCAGGACCCUGGCUUUUGAUGGUACAAAACGAGUCUGGAUCCCGGAUGAGAAGGAGGCUUACAUCGAGGUGGAAGUCAAAGUACUGGAUGGUGACAAAGCCACUGUGGAGACCAAAGAUGGAAGGACUCUGGUUGUGAAAGAGGAUGACAUUCAGCAGACAAACCCUCCGAAGUUUGACAUGAUUGAGGACAUGGCCAUGCUGACCAACCUCAAUGAAGCCUCUGUGCUUUUCAACCUCACCAGGCGCUACAGUAUGUGGAUGAUCUAUACCUACUCUGGGUUGUUCUGUGUGACAAUCAACCCAUAUAAGUAUCUUCCCGUCUAUUCGUCUGAUGUGAUCGCUGCCUACAAAGGCAAGAGGCGCAAUGAGACCCCGCCCCAUAUCUACGCCAUCGCUGACAACGCCUACAAUGAUAUGUUGCGCAAUUGUGAGAAUCAAUCCAUGCUCAUCACCGGAGAAUCCGGUGCUGGCAAAACAGUCAACACGAAACGUGUAAUUCAGUAUUUUGCCAUUGUAGCAGCCCUGGGUGAUGCAGCCAAGAAAGGAGGUACCUUAGAGGACCAGAUCAUUGCGGCUAACCCAGCCAUGGAGGCUUUUGGUAAUGCCAAAACACUGAGGAACGACAACUCCUCCCGAUUUGGCAAGUUCAUCAGGAUCCACUUCGGUCCUACAGGGAAACUGGCCUCUGCUGAUAUUGACAUAUAUCUUCUGGAGAAGUCCAGAGUAGUCUUUCAGCAGCCUGAAGAGAGGAGCUACCAUAUCUACUACCAGAUUUUAUCUCACAAGAAACCAGAGCUUCAAGACAUUUUGUUGAUUUCCACCAAUCCCUUCGACUACCACUUUUGCUCCCAGGGUGUGACAAAAGUGGAGAACAUGAAUGACGAAGAGGAACUGUUGGCCACAGAUCAUGCUAUGGACAGUCUGGGCUUCACUCCUGAGGAGAAGUAUGGCUGCUAUAAAAUAGUGGGGGCCAUCAUGCACUUUGGCAACAUGAAGUUCAAGACGGUUCAGAGAGAGGAGCAAGCAGAAGCUGACGGCACUGAAAGUGCUGACAAAGCCUCCUACCUGAUGGGGAUCAGUUCAGCUGACCUCAUCAAAGGACUGCUGCACCCUCGGGUCAAAGUGGGGAACGAGUACAUCAUCAAGGGCCAGACUGUUGAGCAGGUGAACUAUUCAGUUGGUGCUCUAGCCAAAUCCACAUACGACCGCAUGUUCAAGUGGAUGGUGGGCCGGAUUAACAAGAGCCUCUACACGGCACUGCCUCGCCAGUUCUUCAUCGGUGUGCUGGACAUUGCAGGGUUUGAGAUCUUCGCGUUUAACAACUUUGAGCAGCUGUGUAUCAACUUUACCAAUGAGAAACUGCAACAGUAUUUCAACCACCACAUGUUCAUCCUGGAGCAGGAGGAGUAUAAGAGGGAGGGGAUUGACUGGACCUUUAUAGACUUUGGCCUGGAUCUACAAGCCUGUAUCAACCUCAUAGAGAAGUCCAUGGGCAUACUGUCCAUCCUGGAGGAAGAAUGCAUGUUUCCAAAGGCCACUGAUGUCAGCUUUAAGACCAAGCUGUAUGACAACCACGUGGGCAAGUCUCCCAACUUCCUCAAGCCACGGCUUGACAAGAAACGCAAAUAUGAGACCCACUUUGAGCUGGUGCACUAUGCAGGAGUGGUACCAUACAACAUCAGUGGAUGGCUGGACAAAAACAAAGACCCCUUAAAUGAGACAGUCGUCACCUGCUUCCAGAGGUCAUCUAACAAACUGUUGGCAAGCCUCUUUGAGAACUUCAUCAGUAGUGAUGCAGCUGCUGAUCCAAAGACCGAGGCCAAAGGAAAGAGGAAGAAAGGGGGCUCCUUCCAGACUGUGUCACAGCUUCACAAGGAAAAUCUGAACAAACUGAUGGCCAACCUACGCAGCACCCAGCCUCACUUUGUGCGAUGCAUUAUCCCCAAUGAGUCAAAGACUCCAGGGGGCUUGGACCCAUUCCAGGUCCUCCACCAGUUGCGGUGUAACGGAGUACUGGAGGGAAUCCGUAUCUGCAGGAAGGGCUUCCCUAACCGGAUCCUAUAUGCAGAGUUCAAACAACGCUAUCGUAUCCUGAACCCCAUGGCGAUCCCAGAGAACUCCUUUGUGGACAGCAGGAAGGCUGUGGAGAAGCUGCUGGGCUCCCUGGACAUAGACCACACCCAGUACAAGUUUGGAAAAACCAAGGUGUUUUUCAAGGCAGGGCUGCUGGGCCUGCUGGAGGACAUGAGGGAUGAAAGGCUAUCGGAGAUCCUUACCAUGCUGCAGGCUAUGCUGCGGGGCAAACUCAUGAGGAUGGAGAGACGCAAGAUGAUGGACAAGAGAGAGGCUAUAGAGGUGAUCCAGUGGAACAUCCGUGCAUUUGCAGAGGUGAAGAAUUGGCCAUGGAUGAUGCUGUUCUUCAAGCUCCGGCCUCUCCUGAGGAGUGCCACGGCCGAGAAGGAGCUGGCCGCCCUCAAGGAGGAGUUUGCCAAGCUGAAGGAGGCAUUUGACAAGUCAGAGACCAAGCGCAAGGAGGUGGAGGAGAGACAGGUGGCCCUGAUCCAGGAGAAGAACGACCUGGCCCUGCAGCUGCAGGCAGAGCAGGACAACAUGGCGGAUGCAGAAGACCGCUGUGACCUGCUGAUCAAGGCCAAGCUGCAGCUGGAGGCCAAGAUCAAAGAGCUGAUGGAGAGACUGGAAGACGAGGAGGAGAUGAACGCCAGCCUGACUGCCAAGAAACGCAAGCUGGAGGACGAGUGUGCAGAGCUGAAGAAGGAUAUCGACGACCUGGAGAUCACCCUGGCCAAGGUGGAGAAGGAGAGACAUGGCACAGAGAACAAGGUGAAGAACCUGAUGGAGGAAAUUGGUGUUGUGGACGAGUCCAUCGUGAGCCUGACCAAGGAGAAGGCGGCUCUGCAGGAGGCCCACCAGCAGGCCCUGACUGACCUGCAGAUCGAGGAGGACAAGGGCAACGUUCUGAGCAAGGCCAAGGUCAAGCUGGAGCAGCAAGUGGACGAUUUGGAAGGUUCCUUGGAGCAGGAGAAGAAGGUGCGUAUGGAUUUGGAGCGGAUCAAGCGUAAGCUGGAGGGGGAUCUGAAGCUGUCCAUGGAGUCUGUCAUGGACCUGGAGAAUGACAAGCAGCAGCUGGAGGAGAAACUCAAGAAAAAAGACUUUGAAAUGAGUCAGUUCAGUUCUAAGGUGGAAGAUGAGCAAGCCCUAGUCAUUCAACUCCAAAAGAAAAUGAAGGAAUUGCAAACUCGUAUCGAGGAAGUGGAGGAGGAGUUGGAGGCGGAGAGGCAGUGGAGGACCAAGGCAGAAAAGCAGCGUGGCGACGUGUCCCGGGAGCUGGAGGAACUGAGCGAGAGGCUGGAGGAGGCAGGCGGGGCCUCGGCCGCCCAGAUCGCCAUGAACAAGAAGCGCGAGCAGGACUUCCUGAAGAUGCGGAGAGACUUGGAGGAGGCGGGGCUUCACCACGAGGCCACAGCGGCCGCCCUGAGGAGGAAGCACGCUGACAGCAUGGCAGAGCUGGGCGGGCAGAUUGAUAUGCUACAGCGCGUCAAACAGAAGCUGGAGAAGGAGAAGGCGGAGUACAGGAUGGAAGCAGAGGACCUGGCUUCUAACCUGGAGCGCCUCUCCAAGUCCAAGGCUACCACAGAGAAGAUGUGUCAUCUGUAUGAGGAUCAGAUGAACGAGGCCCGGGCCAAAGUAGAGGAGCUCCAGAGACAACUGACUGACAUCAGCAACCAGAGAGCCUGCGCUGUCACUGAGAGCUCUGAGUACAGCCGUAGGCUGGAGGAGCGGGAGGCUAUGGUCAGUCAGCUGCAGCGCACCAAGAUCUCCUUCAGCCAGAACACGGAGGAACUGAAAAAACUGCUGGAGGAGGAGAACAAGGCUAAGAAUGCCCUGGCCCAUGCCCUCCAGUCCUCCAGACAUGACUGUGACCUGCUUAGGGAGCAGUAUGAGCAGGAGCAGGAGGCCAAGUCUGAGCUGCAGCAGGCCCUAGUCAAGGCCAACGCUGAGGUGGCUCAGUGGAGGACCAAGUAUGAGAUCGAUGCCAUCCAGAGGACUGAGGAGCUGGAGGAAGCAAAGAAGAAGCUGGCGGUGCGUCUGCAGAACACUGAAGAGGCAGUGGAGGGAUCUCAUGCUAAAUGCUCCUCUCUGGAGAAAACCAAGCACCGUCUGCAGACCGAAAUCGAAGAGCUGAUGGUGGACCUGGAGCACUCCAAUGCUGCUGCCCUUGCCCUGGACAAGAGACAACGCAACUUUGACAAGGUGCUGUCAGAGUGGAGGCAGAAGUAUGAGGAUUGCCAGUCGGAGCUGGAGAGCUCUCAGAAGGAGUCUCGCAGCCUGAGCACUGAACUCUUCAAGUUGAAGAACUCCUACGAGGAGGCCAUAGACCACCUGGAGACACUCAAACGGGAAAACAAGAACCUGCAAGAGGAGAUAGCUGACCUAGCUGACCAGAUCAGCCAGGGUGGGAAGACCAUCCACGAGCUGGAGAGGAUGAAGGUGGUUCUGGAUGUCGAGAAGAGUGACAUCAAGGCUGCUCUGGAGGAAGCUGAGGGCACCCUUGAGCAUGAGGAGAGCAAGACCCUACAUGUCCAACUGGAGCUGAACCAGUUCAAGACUGAGGUCGACAGGAAGAUAGCCGAAAAAGACGAGGAAAUUGACAGCCUCCGCCGGAACCACCAGCGCUCCCUGGAGUCCCUGCAGACAACCCUGGAGACCGAGGCAAGGUCCAGGAACGAGGCGGUACGGCUGAAGAAGAAGAUGGAGGGAGACAUGAACGAGAUGGCGGUCCAGCUGAACCAUGCCAACCGCCAUGCUGCUGAGUCCCAGAGACUACUGCACCACCUGCAGGGCCAGAUUAAGGACCUGCAGUUGGAGCUGGACGACCGCAUCCACCAGAAUGAGGAGCUGAAGGAGCACUGGGGCCUGACGGAGCGCAGGAACAACCUGCUGGUGGCCGAGGUGCAGGAGCUAUGCACCGUGGUGGAGCAGACUGACCGCGGACGCAAGAUGGCCGAACAUGAACUGCUGGAGGCCACUGAGAGAGUCAACCUGCUGCAUGCCCAGAACACAAGCCUGAUCAACCAUAAGAAAAAGCUGGAGAGUAACCUGUCCAUGCUGGCUGGGGAGGUGGAUGAGGCAGGACAGGAGUGCCGUAAUGCAGAGGAAAAAGCCAAGAAGGCCAUCACAGAUGCGGCCAUGAUGGCAGAGGAGCUGAAGAAGGAGCAGGACACCAGCUCUCAUCUGGAGAGGAUGAAGAAGAACAUGGAGCAGACCAUCAAGGACCUGCAGCUCCGGCUGGAUGAGGCAGAGCAGAUCGCCCUCAAAGGAGGGAAGAAACAGAUCCAGAAGCUGGAGAUCAGGGUGAGGGAUCUGGAGAGUGAGCUGUUGUGUGAGCAGAAGAAGAGCGAAGAGUUUCAGAAGGGAGUACGCAAGUAUGAGAGGAGGGUCAAGGAGCUCUCCUACCAGGCUGAGGAGGACAGGAAGAACCUGCUGAGGAUGCAGGAGCUCAUUGACAAGCUGCAGGCUAAAGUCAAGAGCUACAAGAGGCUGGCUGAGGAGGCGGAGGAGCAGGUGAACUGUAACGUCACUAAGUACAGGAAGAUGGUUCAUGAGCUGGACAACGCAGAGGAGAGGGCAGACAUGGCGGAGACUCAGGUCAACAAACUGCGUGUGACUGUGCGCACCCGGGACCCAGGGCCAGCCAAGAUUGCAGAAUGAAAAUGGAAGCCUGGUAGUGUUCCUGUACCAAACUCUUUCAGAUGACUGCAAUGUGUGUUAAAAGGUCCAAUGCAGCCGUUAUCUCAAUAUCAAAUCCUUACUGUGAUUGUUUUCAAUUCAAAUGGUCAGAAAGACAGCUUUUUAGCAAAGAAUUUCAAGCAAUAAUUUUUCUAGGACUGUCUGGGAGUGGUCUGAGUGGGGAGGGGAAAACAAAACAGAAAACUAGCUGUUAUUGGCAGUAGUUUGGAACUCCUUAUUGGUCUAUUAACUACUUGCCCACCUGGUGCUGACAGCAGGUAGGCCAAAACCUCAUCAGACCAAAACAGGCUGUAAUUUCAGGUGUCCUUUUCAAACUACACUAAAAAGGGACAUUAUCAUAAUUUCAGUAUUAUUCUAACCUCGGUGUGGAAAUAUAUUUAAAAACACAGAAAUCUAAAUUUGACUGCACUGGGCCUUUAAGUGUGUUUUGACUAGUGUGUGUUCAAAUAGCAAUAAUUAGUGAUAGACCAACACAAGCCAAUGCCUUGUUAAAAGCUGAAAUACUAAAAUAUCCUUUAACAUGACUGUUCACUGUCAACAAUACAUUGUAUAACCUACAUCCAUGUAAUGUAGUAAGUAAAGUCACUUAAAUAAAGAGACAAGACAGAUUCAAAGAUGUUCUGUUUUUUCCCCCUCAUUCGCUUAACAAGGUGAAGUUAGAGGGUGGCGGUGAUACCUGUGUAUUAGAUGAACACAAACACCCUCUCUGAGAAGGGCUCAGACAGACCAGGGGUUUUUCUGGAUCAGA